AUGGAAGCUCAGCGCGCAGCUUCCCGGCCCUUGUCCGAGGUACUGCCACCGCUGAUCUUGGGGACCGCCACUUUCAACCACCAAUACCACCCCGACCCGACGCAGAUGCCAUAUGUCGAGAUUGUCCGCCGCGCUCUCGAUCACAAUAUUACUGCCUUCGAUACGUCACCUUACUACGGGCCGUCCGAGGUCCUCCUGGGCGAUGCGCUGCGCCGUAUAGAGCCGGCUCCGCCUCGCGACUCGUAUUUCCUCAUCACGAAAGCCGGCCGCCUUGCUGGCGACGAGUUUGACUAUUCCCCAGCCUGGGUGCGAUACAGCAUAUUCCGAAGUCUUGAACGACUUGGAACAGAUCGCCUCGACCUUGUCUAUAUGCACGAUGUAGAAUUUGUGUCUCCUGCCGAGGUACUCGGCGCUGUCACCGAGCUAAGGCGGCUUCGUGAUCAAGGCGUCAUCCAGUAUGUUGGCAUCAGCGGAUACCCCGUGGAUACUCUGGCUUCCCUCGCGGAGAUGAUAUUUCGUGAAACUUCGGAGCCGAUUGAUGCUGUUUUAUCCUAUGGGCACUUUUGUGUACAAAACGCUCAGCUUGGUCGCCCGGAGCUUCUGGAGCGGUUUGCAUUGUCCGGUGUCAACUGUAUCCUGAAUGCCAGUAUGCUGGGCAUGGGCUUGUUGACUUCGAAUGGGGUCAACAGUCUUCCUAUGGCUGCCUGGCAUCCAGCACCGGAGGAGCUGCGAGAGGCGUGUCACGGUCUUGCUGCCAUUGCCGCAACAGAAAAUAGGCACCUGGAAGAGGUGGCGAUUCGCUGGUCUUUGCGCAACUGGAUCUACCAGGGCUCCAAGUUUGGUACCCAAAAUUACAAGUUCGAUACCAACAGCAGUUUUCCCCCGCGUAUUGGGGCGAGCGUCAUGGGCGUUUCGACAGUUGACCAACUGGAGGAGACCUGGCAGCUGUGGCAGAGCGUCACGAAUGAGCAGGUUCAAGAUGCUACAAACGUCUUAGUAGAGAAGCAAAUGUGGCCAAGCCUGGGAGAAUGGAAGGAUUUCGCAUGGAAAAGCGGCGGGCCGUCUUUCAUCAACACUCGCAAGGUCAUGGGCGUUGUCCCAAAUGAUGAUAUUGCGAAACGAAGCGGCCUUUCCGCAGGCCGAGGUGUUGACGAUGCGAAACUACACCUCUCGAUUCAUAUGGCCGGGGGAAAGAAGGGUAAAGUCUCGGCAUUGCCUCCAAAGCCGAGAAAUACGUUCGUUCUUGACAAUGGCGCCUCUACCUUGAAGGCGGGCUUUGUCCGCGACGGACGGGCUGACGAACCUCGAAUAAUUCCAAAUUGCAUCGCCCGCGACCGAACACGAAAAAUAUAUGUCGCUUCAGAGCUGGAAAGAUGUACCGACUUUGGCGAGAUGCAAUUCCGACGACCCGUUGAAAAGGGCUUCAUUGUCAACUGGGAGGUGCAGUCAGAAAUUUGGGACUACGAAUUCUUUGGAAGUCGAGCGCCACUCCAAUGCGACCCGUCAGAAACGCGACUCGUGCUUGCAGAGCCGCCAAAUGGGCUGCCUGUCCUUCAGUCAAACUGCGAUCAAAUUGUUUUUGAGGAAUAUGGCUUCGAAAGCUACUAUCGCGGAGUUGGACCUGCUUUCAACGCAUACCACGACGCGCAAUCCCUUUUCCGAACGCCGACAGAUACCGCGACAGCUGCCAAUAUACCUGCCGAAAUUCUUCUCGUCGUCGACUCGGGAUACUCUCACACCACAGUGACACCAGUCUUCCGCGGCCGCCCACUGCAUUCCGCUGUGCGCCGACUCGACGUGGGAGGUAAACUUCUUACAAACUACAUGGCUCGACAGAUAUCUCUGCGUCAUUUUGACGUACGAAGCGAUCCUCAUAUUGUCAACGAGAUGAAAGAGUUGGCGUGCUUCGUCUCCCUGGACUUCAAGCGUGACCUGGAGAGAUGCUGGAAAGGGACGCGAGGUCAGACACGGCCAGAAUACGUAUCCGGAGCCAUUGCAAAGGAUUACAUUCUACCAGACUUCCACAAAAAGUUGAGAGGCUCUGUGCGAGAUUACGACCCAGCGAACCAUACGAAAGUACAAAAGCUUGCCGCGGCCCAAGCCGACGAAGAUGUUCUGACGCUCCGAAACGAACGUUUUGCAAUACCAGAGAUACUAUUCAACCCAUCCGACAUUGGGAUGCGACAGCCUGGCAUCGCGGAUCUCAUUCAUCAGUCAAUACACGAUCUGCCAGUCGGGCUGUGGCCUGGGUUGCUCGCCAACAUUGUGCUGGUAGGAGGCAACGCUCUUUUCGACGGCUUUGUCCAGCGGCUCCAAAAAGAGGUCGUUCAGCGAGUUCCCGAUGACUGCGUCGUACGCGUGGCACGGCCGGCCGAUCCCGUUCUGAGCACAUGGGCCGGAGCGGCCAAUCUGGCCUGCCACGCCGAUAUUGAAAAGCUCGCAGUCACAAAGCAACAGUACGACGAGUAUGGACAGGCAUGGCUAGCGCGCAAGUUUCUGACAGGUCCUGGGACUUUGUGA